GCGUUCCGUCCGGCGGGCCCCGGAGAGGAGCGUUCCGUGAUGGCUGGCGGUGCAAAUCUUGAGGCCCAGCUGUGUUCCGAACAGUUCGGCUCCGGGGCGGCGCGGGGCUGCCUCGCCGCCGCCGACGGCAGCUUGCAGUGGGAGGCUUGGGAGUGGCGCUGGUGGGGGCUCUCUGGGCCGUUCCCAGGGAGAGCCCGAGGACGGGAUGGCGGCGGAGGGGGGACCCCCGGGACGGCUUCUCCGCGUCUGUCCGGCCUGUUGGUCGUGUUCCUGCCGCAGGGCUUCCCCGACAGCGUCAGCCCGGACUAUCUGCCCUACCAGCUGUGGGAUUCCGUGCAGGCCUUUGCUUCCAGCCUCUCGGGCUCCCUGGCCACGCACGCAGUCUUGCUGGGCAUAGGGGUGGGGAACGCAGAAGCUUCUGUUUCAGCUGCCACCGCCACCUGGUUGGUGAAAGAUUCAACUGGCAUGCUGGGCCGCAUCAUCUUUGCCUGGUGGAAGGGGAGUAAGCUGGACUGCAAUGCCAAGCAGUGGAGGCUUUUUGCUGACAUCCUCAAUGAUGUGGCCAUGUUCCUUGAGAUCAUGGCUCCCAUAUAUCCAAUCUUUUUCACUAUGACUGUCUGUAUCAGCAACCUGGCCAAGUGCAUCGUGAGCGUGGCUGGUGGGGCCACUCGGGCGGCCCUGACCAUGCACCAGGCCAGGAGAAACAACAUGGCUGAUGUGUCAGCCAAGGAUAGCAGCCAGGAGACACUGGUAAACCUGGCAGGGCUCCUGGUCAGCCUCUUGAUGCUUCCCCUGGUGUCAGCUUGCCCGAGCUUCAGCCUCAGCUGUUUCUUCUUCCUCACCGCCCUUCACAUCUACGCCAACUACCGGGCAGUCCGAGCCCUUGUCCUAGAGACUUUGAAUGAAGACCGGCUCCGGCUGGUUCUGAAGCACUUCCUCCAGAGGGGAGAGGUUCUUGACCCCACUUCAGCUAAUCAGAUGGAGCCACUGUGGACAGGUUUUUGGCCAUCUCUGUCUCUAUCCCUGGGGGUCCCCCUACACCGCUUAAUCUCCAGUGUCUUCGAGCUGCAGCAGCUGGUUGAAGGACACCAAGAACCCUACCUCCUUCACUGGGACAAAUCAAAAAGCCAAGUGCAAGUCGUUUUGAGCCAGAAGGCAGGCCCUGAAACCAUCCUAAGGGCUGCCACACACGGCCUGGUACUUGAAGCCCUGCAGAGAGAUGGGCCCCUCCCAAGAGAGCUGGAGGAACUGAGGAACCGAGUACUGGCAGGUCCUGACAAAGAGAGCUGGGUCAUCAUCAAGGAGACACACCAAGUGUUGGACAAGCUCUUCCCAAAGUUCUUGAAAGGACUGCAGGAUGCAGGCUGGAAGACUGAGAAGCACCAGCUAGAGGUGGAUGAGUGGAGGGCCACUUGGCUUCCGUCUCCAGAAAAGAAGAUCUUGUGAGCAGCCCAGAUAGAGGACAGGAACCCGAAGCAAGCACAC